CCCACAACAGCUGUCUCCUUCGACCCCAAGAAGCUGGAAUCGUCGUCUCAGCUGUGGUCAGGAUACCCCCACAUCCUGUCCCCCAGCUUCGAGGAUACCCCACAAAACAUUACGGCUCUGACUGGAGACUCCGCCUUCCUCCCCUGCAGUGUCUCACAUCUUGGCGAUAGAUCCGUGACGUGGAUGAGGAAGAGAGACCUCCACAUACUGACGGCUGGCAUCUUCACCUACUCUGCCGACGAUAGAUUCCGGGUGCUACACCCGGAGAACUCAGAUGAUUGGACGCUCCACAUCAAGUUUGCCACCGACAGGGACUCAGGCGUUUACGAGUGUCAGGUGAACUCUGACCCCAAGAUCAGCCGUAAGGUAACCCUCACUAUCAAAGAUAGCCAGUUGGAUGAUCCCCUGCCCUACGGGAUAUCAACUACUGAUACUAGGUUUCCGGACUAUAUCUUUGACAACAACGAGAAGCCGACGAAAAAAUCCCGCAAGAAGAACAAGAAGAAUAAGGGUAGGCGUAGGUGGAGGAGGCUCAAGGUGCCAGCAGUUUCCAUCGAGGGUCCGGAAGAUCGUCACAUCCAGCGAGGUUCCAUCCUGGCCAUCACCUGUGUGGUCCGUCAUCCUCCACACGAGGCUCCUGAUCACAUCCACUGGUUCCACGGCUCUAUCAAUAUCGACUAUGACUCAGCUAGAGGCGGCGUCUCAAUCCAGACAGAGAAGUCGUCGCGCAAGACCGUGAGUAAGUUGAUGUUGUCGGCGGUGAAUGAGGGCGACACAGGAGAAUACAGCUGUAGUCCCACCGACCUACAGCCCUCUGUUAUCACCGUGCAUGUUCAGGACGGCGAGGUCAAGUGGUCCGCCCACCCGGCUGACCAAGGUGCUGGGGGAGGACGCGGGUAUCACAGUGCCUCAUGGCCGAUGUGUGACCCCCAUCCGGCACCACUCAAAGGUCAGAUCCAGCAGCCAGUGAAACAGGGUCCUGGGCUGAGUGCGGCUCCCGUCACCACCUCCGUCAGCAAUGGCCUCCUGAUGGUGCUGCUGAUGUGCCUCGCCUGUGUCAAGUGUCGCAUGUUCGCCUGAGAGUCGCCAUCACCACCACCACCCGAGGACCUCACCUUCAGCAGGAUGUGUGAGGUCGACGGCGUGUGCUUAGGUCCUCCUGAUGGCGACCGCACACCGAGGAACCGAACGGAAAUGGUGAAAAAUACGGAAAUUUGUGAGUGAGGAACCAGGAGGAUUUCGUGAGAAAAAAAGAAGGAAAUUUGGGAGUGAAGAAAUAAAGCAGAAAUGUUGUAAGAAUGUGGGGAAUCAUGUGAGUGGCGAUCCUCUGACGGAAACACGAAAUCGAGCUGGAACACUUGCAUGUGGAGUGUGGUUGGUACUUGGAUUUCAUAAAUGCUAAUAGCGACAUUUUGAUUGCAGGAUCCUAAUAGAAUAUAUAGAGGAUUAGAUUUAUUGUUUUUUUAUACACGUAUAAGCAUCAAAGUGCAUGUUGGUGGAUGCCGGUAAUUUCAGACAUUUUGGAGGAGGAGAUGGAGACAGCGGAACGUGGAUAGUUUGUCCACUGUGAGAGAUGACGUUCGUGGUUGACAUGCUUUGCUAUCAGUCACCCCUUACCUUGUUCGCAAUUUUCUGUCACUUAAAA